UGUCUCUCUCCUUGAAUUUCCCGCCUGGCCUCUAAGCUGCCUUGCCAUAGGCCAAAGCAGCUUUUUAUCUUGUACCCAUGGGAACAACAUCUGUUCACAGCUGCUGCCAUUCUAGCAUUCAGGACACUGAGGCCAGCCUGGGAUCCAGAAUGAGACCCUGUCUAAAUAAAUUCAUAAAAUAAAUGCCAGGCUUUCCCCCUACCUACCCUCUUCAAGACUAUCAAUUCCUCUGUAGGCUUGAGAACAAGUACACCCUAAGCCAUGGAGUUCUGCUUGACCAGGCCUCCAGCCUACAUGGCUUUGCGCUUCUGGCCACUGUUUGGCCCAAGCCACAGAGCACACACAUACACCAACCACCUCCCCUUAAUGGGCUCUGGAGUUUCCCAUUCUGUUCUCCUCGUGGCCCCACCCUGGCUUUUCUCCUGACCCAUCUUCUCCCCAACCCCAAGGAAAAUCCCCCGGCACCCUAUUGCCUCACCUCACCAGCUUUAGCUGACGCUGGUGUCAUCUGGUCCUCACUACUCAUGGCCUCCUGAAAGCCAGAAACAGAAGUGUCUGCGGACAUGUCUCUGAGAUGUCCGUCCACAAUCUGCUGCCCAGCAAUUCGUAAGACAAAAAGAUAGCACUGUCUCGAAAAGCAAAACAAACAAACAAAAGACAAAGACAGCAAAGAGGGACAGGGUGGCCACUUGGCCAUCACCACCCGGUCCUCCUCGUGUUCUUACAGCUGCAGCAACAGAUUCUGGACCUCGAGAGGUGAUAUGUGCAGGCCCUGGCCUGGCUCUACUCCUACCAUACUGUGCUUUACCAAUAUGUGAUAGUAUCAGGCUGAGAUGGGCACCAGAAUGUGGCCCUGUCCCGAGAACUCAGGGCCCAGCCUUGGAUAUGCCCAUUUCGUAGAGUUGGAGAUAGGCCUGGAGAGGUGGGGAGGGGAGGCCUGGCCUGGGGAUUGGCAGGCCCAAGACAAAAGUCCAGGAGGUCUCGAGCACAGGGCCCACCACCAACGAUGCCACCUGGUGGGCAGUCCCCACCCACAGCUUCUGCAGAGCUAUUUGGGGCAGGAAGGAAAAUCGCCUGGGUUACUUCCCCUGUGACUCUUCUCCACCUCCCCCGGCAUCUGACCCCACUCCAGGAAAGCACUUUCAAUUCCCCAGGGAGGUGAGUGGGCGGGCCUGGCUGCUUUAAGGGGAGACCUGCAGAGGCUUUGCUCUGCUGUCCUGUCCUGAGAGCCGGAGGCAGCAGCUGCCUCUUGAGCCAUGGCCUGGCUGGCCCCGCGGCUUGCCCUUGUGGCCAGCAUCCUUGGCCUGGCGGCCUCUCUGGACUGGAAGGCGGCCUCCAACCUGAAUCCCUUCGAGAAGUGCAUGGAGGACCCCGAUUAUGAGCAGCUACUCAAGGUGGUGACCUUGGGCCUCAAUCGGACCUCGCAUCCCCAAAAGGUGAUCAUUGUUGGUGCAGGUAUAGCCGGCCUGACAGCUGCCAAGGUGCUCAGUGACGCGGGACACAAGGUCACCAUCCUGGAGGCAGAUAAUAGAGUUGGGGGCCGCAUCUUCACCUUCCGGGAUGGGAAGACAGGCUGGAUAGGGGAGCUGGGGGCCAUGCGAAUGCCCAGCUCCCACAGGAUUCUGCACAAGCUCUGUAGAAGCCUAGGCCUCAACCUGACUCAGUUCAUGCAGUAUGACGAGAACACGUGGACGGAGGUGAAUGAAGUGAAGCUGCGGAACUAUGUGGUGGAGAAGAUGCCAGAAAAGCUGGGCUACGACCUGAGCCACAGGGAGAGAGGCCAUUCCCCAGAGGACAUCUACCAGAUGGCACUCAACAAGGCCGCCAAGGACCUCAGGGUUCUAGGCUGCAAGAAAGCCAUGAAGAAGUUCAACAGGCACACGCUCCUGGAAUACCUCCUUGGGGAGGGCAACCUGACCCGGCCGGCCGUGCAGCUCCUGGGAGACGUCAUGUCCAAGGAAGGCUUCUUCUACCUCAGCUUCGCUGAGGCAUUGCGUGCCCAUAGCUGCCUGAGCGACCGACUUCGGUACAGCCGCAUCGUGGGUGGCUGGGACCUGCUGCCGCGGGCGCUGCUGAGCUCAUUGUCCGGGCCGGUGCUGCUGAAUGCGCCGGUGGUGGCCAUCACUCAGGGGAUUCAUGACGUGCGUGUGCACAUCUCCACUUCGCUACAGUCGCGCAGCCUGAAGGUGCUGACCGGCGACCUGGUACUGGUGACGGCCAGCGGGCCCGCGCUGCAGCGCAUCACCUUCUCGCCGCCGCUGACACGCAGGAGGCAGGAGGCGCUGCGUGCGCUGCACUACGUGGCAGCCAGCAAGGUUUUCCUGAGUUUUCGUCGGCCCUUCUGGCUCGAGGAGCACAUCGAGGGCGGCCACUCCAACACCGACCGCCCAGCGCGCCUCAUAUUCUAUCCGGCGCCGGACGAGGGCGCACUGCUACUGGCCUCGUACACGUGGUCGGAUGCUGCAGCCCCCUUCGCUGGCCUGAGCACAGACCAGGCCCUGCGUGUGGCACUCAAGGACGUGGCAGCCCUGCACGGGCCGGUCGUGUUCCGGCUGUGGGACGGCACGGGCGUAGUCAAGCGCUGGGCAGAGGACCCGCACAGCCAGGGCGGCUUCGUGGUACAGCCUCCAUCGCUCGGGCAUGGGGAUGAGGAUUAUGACUGGUCAUUCCCCUACGGCCGCAUUUACUUCGCGGGCGAGCACACAGCCCAUCCACAUGGCUGGGUAGAGACCGCUGUCAAGUCCGCGUUGCGGGCCGCGGUGAAGAUCAAUAAGCACUGGUCCAGGGUACCCAGCCCCGAGAAGCAGGCCAUUCUCCAUAGGCUGGAGCACAUACACGUCAGCGAGGAUGUGCAGCAACAGGGGGAAAGCCCCGAGGGACAUGUGUUUGUGGAGGCCAUCCCCCAGAUGCAGGAGCACAUAACCGUGGAGACCCUUACCCCGGGGAAGGGGCAUGUGCAUGUACACCAGAAUAUCCCCUCACACGUGCAUGAGGUCUUCCCUGAAGUGCACGGCCACGUGCAUGAGAAGGUCUUCCCUGAAGUGCACGGGCACGUGCAUGAGAAAGUCUUCCCUGAAGUGCACGGUCACGUGCAUGAGAAAGUCUUCCCUGAAGUGCACGGGCACGUGCAUGAGAAGGUCUUCCCUGAAGUGCACGGGCACGUGCAUGAGAAGGUCUUCCCUGAAGUGCACGGCCACGUGCAUGAGAAGGUCUUCCCUGAAGUGCACGGUCACGUGCAUGAGAAAGUCUUCCCUGAAGUGCACGGGCACGUGCAUGAGAAAGUCUUCCCUGAAGGGCAUGGGCACGGGCACGUGCAUGAGACGGUCAUCCCUGAAGGGCACGGGCCCCUGCACCCCGGAGGACACAGGCAAAUGGAACCUGGUUCCCAGCGGCACCGACACAUGCACUCUUCCUGCAAAGGGGGAGGAGGCACCUAACUCCCGACCCAGUCCUCUAGAGCAGGCCACCCACAAUAAUAGCUCACAAUAAAUUUUUUUUUUUUAAA